AUGGACCACAACAACAGUGGCUCCAACAACAACCACUGUGGCACCCACCACAACAACAUUUGCUCCAAUCAUGACAACAACAGCUGUUCCAACCACAACAACUGUUGCAGCAACCACAACUCCUGCUCCAUUUACAACAACAGUGGCACCAAUGACAACCACUGUGGCUUCAACCACAACAACACCUGCUCCAACCACAACAACUGUUGCAGCAACCACAACAACUGUUGCUACAACAACGACAACAGCUGCUCCUACCACAACCACUGUGGCACCAACCACAACAAGAGUGGUGCCAACCACAACAUCUGUUGCACCAACAUCGACUACAGCUGCUCAAACCAUAACAACAGUGGCAUCAACGACAAAAACUGUGGCACCAACCACAACAACAGUGGCACCAACCACAACAACAGCUGUUCCAACCACAACUACUGUGGCAAUGACAACGAGAACAGCUGCUCCAACUACAACUACAGUGGCAACAACCACAACAACUUGGCACCAACCAAAACAACAGUGGCACCAACCACAACAACAGCUGCUCCAACAACGACAGUAGCUGCUCCUACCACAACCGCUGUGGCACCAACCACAACAAGAGUGGUGCCAACCACAACAUCUGCUGCUCCAACCACAACAACAGUGGCUCCAACCACACCAUCUGCUCCACCAACAACGACUACAGCUUCUACAACCACAAUAACAGUGGCGUCAAUGACAACCACUGUGGCACCCACCACAACAACAGUUGCUCCAACCACAACAUCUGCUGCUCCAACCACAACAACAGUGGCGCCAAAGACAACUACUGUGUCACCCAUGACAACAACAGUUGCAACAACUACAACAUCUGCUGCUCCAACCACAGCAACAGUGGCACCAACCACAACAAAAGCUGAUCCAGCCACAACAUCUGCUGCACCAACAAUAACUAUAGCUGCUACAAACACAACAACAGUUGCUCCAGCCACAACAACAGCAGCUGUUCCAACCACAACAGUGGCACCAACCACAACGACUGUGGCACGGACCACAACAACAGUGGCUCCAACCACAACCACUGUGGCACCCACCACAACAACAUUUGCUCCAAUCACGACAACAAGAGCUGUUCCAACCACAACAACUGUUGCAGCAACCACAACAACUGCUGCUACAACAACGACAACAGCUGCUCCUACCACAACCACUGUGGCAUCAACCACAACAAGAGUGGUGCCAACCACAACAUCUGUUGCACCAACAACGACUACAGCUGCUCAAACCAUAACAACAGUGGCGUCAACGACAAAAACUGUGGCACCAACCACAACAACAGUUGCACCAACCACAACAACAGUGGCUCAAACCACAACAACUGUGGUACCCAUCACAACAACAGUGUCACCAACCACAACAACAGCUGCUCCACAAUGACAACAACUGUUGCAGCAACCAC